CUAGCGUCUGCCCCCUGAAGCACCUUCAAUUACUCCAAAAGACUGAGGUUUGGUAAAAUACUGAAAGGCUUUUAUUCGCUGUACAAUACGACCCCCACAGUGAGUGUCUGCCCCCGGACUGAGGGGGAGGGGCAAGACGAACACCUUUAUACAGGAUUCUGUGGGAGGAGCCACAGGGGCAGUCAGCAGAGGGGUGCGUCCAGACAGUUAACCGAGUUACAACAUAUAUACAUGGUUUACCACACCCCCUUCCUUCCCAGUCCUGGUAAAGGUAGCGGUCAGAAGCGUCGACUUUUAUUCCCCUCCAUCGAUGCAGGCUGAUUUGCUAAAUUCCUUCAGCGUUUUGUUUGCGUUGCUCAAAAUUCCCAGCAUCUGAAGAAUCUCUUGUGUUUACUAUUAGCAAUAAUCCAUGUAACAAAAAUAUUAGUUAAAUUUUCACGUUGUUAGACAUACUUAGAUUAUUUGAGUUCAAAUUGGUAAAUAGUUAUAGCGGAGAUGAGGCACAACUCAGACAUGUGCAUGGAAACACGAAAUGCGAUUGCAGAAAUUUAUUCUCCUGUUUCGAACGCUGAUAAAAUGGUUAAAUGCAAUAUUUGCACAACUCUUCUUAACAUCAGGGAGUUAACAACAGAACGCUCAACCUAUUAUCUUCUUAUGUGCCGAUAGAUCUCGCUUUUCCAGUUCGGUCCCGGAUUCCCCGUAUUUGCACUUACUUCAGUGCUUUUAGGCAUAAUCUUCAACUCCUCAUGUUGACUUUAUCCACAGUCUUGGAAAGAUAAACGUUUAUAAUUCGUCCCCCAGUUAAGUCUGCUGGCAAACAGUGUCUUUGGCUGUUCUUUUAUUACUAAUGCAAAUUUUGGUUGCUGAACUGAAGAAAAGUAGCCAGAGUAAUAUCCAUAAAACUGUAUAGGGGCGUAGCGAUAUCUUCCAGCGUAAUAAAGUACAGAUUGAAGGGUAAAGUCUAAGUGUACAGGCAGGAUAAUAGAAUUUUCCAUGCAAUUUGAUCGAUGCGCUCCAAAUAUUGGACAGACCACGUUCUACGGCGUUGUGUCGGUUCACCUUGCAUGCCAGGUAAAGUUAGAUUUGGUUCAAGCUUUCUCCAGAGAGGAAGCUCCGUGUACUGUGGUGGAGCCCAGGCCGGUCACCUUCCCUCUCCCAGUCCCAGAUAGAGAGAGCGUUGUCAGGUGGCGGCUGACGUCAGGAACCUGGUGUUGGCGGCGGGGGUGGGAAGGGAGCAAGGCAGCCGGGAGAUGAGGCGGCGGCGGCGGCGCGGCACCUGAGCUUCCCGGUAGAGCUCGGCGCUGUCUCCGACUGAAGCCUUGCCUUCCUAAGCAACCAAACUGGAAAAUACUGCAUGACUGACUGGAUAUCCAAGAUUAGUUUCAAGACAAUAAUCAGCUCUAUGCUCUUAAGUAUUUCAAGACCCUGGAAGAGAAUUGUGUGCAUCAUGUUGAAUUGUGGAAAUUAGGUGCCAAAACACCAAGAAUGAGUGUUACUUCGUGGUUCCUGGUGAGCAGCUGUGGCUCUCGCCACCGACUCCCGAAAGAAAUGAUUUUUGUUGGGCGAGAAGAUUGUGAACUAAUGCUUCAGUCUCGCAGUGUAGACAAGCAGCAUGCAGUAAUCAACUAUGACACAGCAGCAGAUGAGCAUCGGGUAAAGGACCUUGGAAGUCUAAAUGGGACAUUUGUAAAUGAUGUAAGGAUUCCUGACCAAAUUUACGUAACACUAAAAGUGAAUGACACCGUUCGAUUUGGAUAUGAUUCUAACAUGUAUAUGUUGGAAAAAAGUACUCACAGAGUUCCUGAAGAAGCCCUAAAGCAUGAGAAAUACACCAGUCAGUUUCAGAUACACGUGAAAGCAGCAGAAGAUAAGAAAGUGGAACCAUCUGAUAUCGUGCAGGACCACUCAAGUACAAAAUUGGAGUCGCCAAGGCAAAAUCUUGAAAAGACUGAAAAGAAAGAUGGUGGCACAAUUAGACCCACUCCUCUGUAUGGCCAACCAUCGUGGUGGGGAGAUGAUGAUGUGGAUAACAAAGGAGAAAGAGGUGAACUGAAGAAAACUGAUUCCAUGAAAGAUAAUUCCAAAGAAAUCCCACGAAGUGAACAGGAAAUUAAUGGAAAUCUUCCAGAUUAUAAAGAUUUUGGAGAUAAAUCUGUCUAUUCAUUUCGAAGGGAGCCCAGCUACUUUGAAAUUCCAACAAAAGAAUUUCAACAGCCAUCCAAGUCUCCGGACAGUGAAGUUCAUGAAAUUCCAACAAAGGACACUGAUACAAUUCCGUCUCCACGAGUUCAUAGUCAUGCUUCCUUUACUAUUGAGUUUGAUGAUUGCACACCAGGCAAAAUAAAAAUAAAGGAUCAUGUAACCAAAUUUCCUUUGAGACAAAAAAAGGCUCAACAGGUAGAAAAAGUCCCUGUGCAAGGUGAUGCACUGUCAGCAGAGAAUAAAGUGGUUGACUGGCUGGUUCAGAAUGACCCAAGCUUGUUGCUGAAAAGGCAGACACCGAGGGAUAUUUACAGCAUCAAGAGUGAUCAACAGGUUCAUAUAAAGACACUAAAAGGUUGUAGACAUGAAGAUGGUACUCAAAGUGAUUCGGAAAAUCAAAUUGCUUCUAAACAACAGGAAAAGGGAGACUCAUCCCUGGAUUCACCUCCAAGGCAAAUACAGAUUUACAGUGAUGGUAAAAUGUAUGAACUCCAACAUGACCAACAAGAUAUGCCCAUGGGUCAACAAGCUUUUGUUAUUGAAUUCUUCGAUGAUGAUAAUCCUCGUAAACGUAGAGCACACUCUUUUACUCAAAACGCAAAUGCCAUGCACAAUGAUUCUUACAUUGCUCUUAGAGCUAAACUAGAAAAGCGUAAGGGCACCUCAACCAGUGAGAAAGUUUCAGUACAGCAAGCACACUCUUUAGUGCAAAUGAGCAAGCCUGCUACUAGUUCAUCACUUCCCCAAAGGUCUAAUUCACUAAAGAGGGAAAAGACUGAAGAACGAUUUAGCACCUCUGCUUCUAGCUGCAAAGGUUCACUUCGGAGUUUUGGGAGUGUGGGACGAAAGAGUAAACUCAGCCAAGAGUUUGCUGCUGAGCUGUUGAAAGAAACUGCAAGAAGUGUUAAAGUGGAUAAACCUCCAGAUCCUUUUCCUGUGGCAGUUGCACGUAUGCCAGUGUCACCUCCUUCACCAGAAACAUUGGUAUCACCAUUAACACCUCCAACAAAGGCAUCCUCGAAGCCAGCUGAUUCACCAAAGCCAAACUCCAGACAGGGUGAUCAAGAUAGUUUAAGUGACACUGGCACAUAUACUAUUGAAACAGAUACACAAGACAAAGAGGUUGAAGAGGCUCGGAAGAUGAUUGAUCAGGUUUUUGGUGUUUUUGAAUCACCUGACUUUACUGGAAUUAAUUCUGAAAUUUAUAGACCUGUAAUCGGUGGCACAGAUUCUCCUACACAAAGGGAUGAGGAUAAUAUGCGUUAUCAAAAUACUAGCACUAUUUACCAGCAAGCACCUACAUUACAGGCAAAUCGCACUACAGCCAUUACUGGCUCUGAUACUCUGCCACAGAUACGUCCUGUUGGCCCCAUAGCCCAUGGAAAGCAGAAGUGGGUCUCAAGGUGGGCAAGUCUUGCUGAUGGCUAUAAUGGUUCUGUGCCAAUUAGUGGAAUCCAUGACCUUCAACAGGGAAAAGAUGCAGCUAUAGUUGAUAUUGGAAUUUAUGGCAAGAGUGUUGAAUCUAUAGAUUCAGAUGCAGCGUCAACAACUAGUCAGUCAUCUCGAAAACGUCGGACUCUCCCACAGUUGCCACCCAGUGAAAAACUUGAUACUUCAAAAUCAAAAGAUUACCUUCAGCCACGUUCUCCUCCUAGCUCUGAAUCAAUAAAGAAAUUAGAAAUGGAACAGCGCUCCUUUCCACAGACUCAGGAAAAAUUGUUCAUUUGUGAAGACAAAGACUUAGACCCUGACAGUCUGAGUGAUGAUGAUAAGUCUGACGAUUCUUCCCAUAUUACAAAAGGGAAGAGUAGGAAGUAUAGAAUUUCCCGGGUUACCAGAAAAUUACACCCAGAGCAUACGUGGAAUGAUCAGGGAACAUCUGACAUAUCUGAAGGUAGAUCACAGAUGACUGAUGCAUACACACAAAGUGCAGCCAAAGAGCAUUUAGACUCUAAAAGUGGCACUAAAUGUUUCUCAGAGCAUGAGCUGAAAUCUUCCUAUAGUAGCACGAAAGAAAAAAAAUCGGAAAGCUCCGCUAAACAAACUUCAGUGGCCAAAAUGACAUUAGCGAGCUUUGAGAGAAAGAUGAAAGAACAAGAGUUUAGCUCAAAAUCAUGCAGUAUUUCAUCCUCUACAAGAUGGUCAACGGCCCCAGAUACUAGCAAGGCUGCUGUGGAAAGCACAGAUGCAAUCAACUCCACAAGUAAAACAACUCAAAUAAACAAUAGAAGCCCCUCCCAGGAAAGAAAAAAGACUUCAACGAAAGAUUCUCGUGUAUCUGUUAUCAGACAAGAAAGUUUUACUAAAGACAGACCAAGUAUUGAUACUGCAACAUAUAAAAUUCCUAAUAUUUCAAGCCGUUUGUCAGUUAAAGAUCAUGGAAGAGCCUCCCACAGGACAGAAUGCACAGAGGACACACAUCUCAUUCUGAAAGAUACAGAAGCUGCAAUGGCAGCCUUAGAAGCAAGACUCCAGUCUCAGGAUAUCCAUAUUAGUCAACAAGAAAGUAGUUCAUAUGUCCAAGGUGAUUCCUACUCUGGAGAAUCAGAUAAUGAUACAACAAGUUCCGUAAGUUUGAAAAGUAAAAAUACCACUAGUUCUGCACAGAAACAGAAGAAGCUCAGUAGUGCACCCAAAGGGAAAGCAGCUGCAUCAGUUCAAGACCAUCCACACCAAGCCAACGCUCGGGAACGACUAUCUGAGAAACGCAGAGGCCAGCUUCUGGAUCCAACCAAUAAACCAGACUACAGUCGCCGUUUCCAACUGAAACGCAGCACAGGAUCGCGUGGCUCCACAGACUUCACAGAUGACGAGAGGUCUUCUAGCCUUCCAUAUUUACCGAUAACCGAUGCACACUCUUCUGACCAGGAGCAUUCUCAGACCAGUAAACCUCAACUGCGUAAAAAGUUUUAUGGUUCUCUGCGCACAAGGGAGGACUUGAAUAAAUCAGCGAAGUCUUCAGUACAAACAACACUAACCCGUUCAAACAGCCUUUCAACACCCAGGCCAACCAGGGCAUCCUUGCUGCGCCGUGCUCGCCUUGGAGAUGCUUCAGAUAAUGAGAGUGCUGAUGUGGACAAAGUUUCAUUGGCUUCAGAACUGUCCACGACAAGCUCUACAUCUUCAAAGCAACCAACUGAUAAAAAAUUAUCACGGCUUGAUAUGCUAGCUUUGCCCCGGAAACGCACAGGUUCACUCACUGUAAAUAGUGACACGGAAACUACAGUGCUGAGAAGCAGUUUUAGUGCAAGAAGCGUAGAUGUAACUGCUACUAGUCGCAAGUCCGUCAGUGCUGAUGCUAAAGCAGCAGCCAAAAAAGUUACUGCAAGCACAGCAAAACAAACAAGAGUCCGUGGUAAUGGUACAAAAUCAGUUUCUAACUCAAGAUGGAGACAGCAAACAUCAGAUUACACUUCUACUUCAGAGGAGGAGUAUAACUCAAAUCACACUUCUCCUAAACACAACCGCUUGCAUGCCUCAACAGCUACCCACAGCAACAGAGCCCAGUCUUCCCAUUCAGGAAGAACAAGACAAAAUAUGAACGAUGUUGAUGAUCCUUAUGAAAACUGGACUACCCACAGUGCAGAAAUUGCAAGACUCAGCCAAGAUUUAGCUAAAGAUCUGGCAAUCCUUGCUAGAGAGAUUCAUGAUGUGGCAGGAGAUGGAGAUUCUUUAAGUUCAUUACCACCUACAUCUACCCUUAGCUCUACAAUUUCAGCCAGGGAAGAGAUUUCAAAGUCAUCAUCAAAGACAUCCCGUAACUCACAGUUGGUGCAGCACAUUCCUGAAGCAAGUCUGAACUUCCAGAAGGUUCCUCCAGAAUCUUCGGGAAUUAGAAAAGAUUUGGAUCAAAAUAUGAAUGAUAGCAAAGAUCCAGAUUCAAAAAGAAGAACCUGGAACAGAGAAGAGGUCAUUCUGGAUAAUCUGAUGUGGAAUUCAGUUUCCCAGCUGUCACAGUUUAUACGAGAAAAUAUGGAACAGACUGCAGCAAAAAUAAAAAUUCUGUUCCAAAAUAAAGACAGAAAUUGGGAAGAGAUUGAGGCCAAAAUAAACUCUGAAAAUGAAGUACCAAUUCUCAAAACAUCAAACAGGGAAAUCUCUUCUAUUUUUAAAGACUUGAGAAGAGUUCAGAAACAAUUAGAUGUAAUCAAUACAAUCAUAGACCCCGAUGGAUCUCUGGAUGCCUUGACUGCUAAUCAAGUGCCACCAAGUUCUGCUUCAGCUAUGAAGAUGAAAGAAAGGACUGUUAAUACAAUGAUCUCCUCAAAAGAUUUGCCUAAAUCACCAAUGCAGAUACCGAUGGCAUACGCCCAGCAGGGCUCCAAACCACCUCAGAUGUCAUCUGACCCAGACAGCAUUGACUCUGACACUGAGUGUAAUACUCAGUAUACCAUGGUAGAACCAAAUAUAGAAGAUGCCAUUACAAUGCUUUGAAAGAGCAUGUUUUGUUUUGGCCAUUAUUGCGCUGGUGUGUAUUGUCAUUGUUGCAAUGUGAGGGUGAUUGUGGAAAAAAAAACUGUAUAGAAUAAUAUUGUGACUGAUAUAUUGCACAGAAAGAGCUUUUUGGAAAAAAAUGGAAAUUAGCAAAAAAAAACUUAGCUAGGCUGCAUAACACUGUGGCAACGUGAAUUCAGCAUACAUGCAAAAUGGAAUGUGACUGAAGUCGAAAACAAAUAUUUGAGUUCUUGACGAAGGUGUGCCAUUUGAAUAUUACAGUAUGUAACUGCCGUGCACUGAAGAACAUUCUAGUUCCACAAGUUCCGUUUUGCAUGUCAAGUUCAGCACAAACUUAAUGAUUGAACAAUGGCUCCAUAUUUAGCAAGUUAUUACAUUCUUAGUAUUCUUUUGCUUUUUUAUAACAUGAUACGAUAUGGACAGACUGAUACUUAACACACAGUGGUGUUUUCAAUAUUGGUUAAUUAUUUUGUGAGGGAGAAAUCAAUCAUUGUGCUCUAACCUAAUCUUUAUUUUCUUGUUAACACGUAAUAGUUAAAUAUCUGUAUUCAGAUCAAGUAUGUGGUAUAAUUUCAGCACAUCACUACUAUGCAUGAAUACAUAAGGUUUUUCUAAUCCUUGAUGAUGUUGAGCAGCCUUUAAUUUUGUGGGAGGAAACCCAUACACAUCACCUCAAUAAUACGACAGUUCUAAAGCUUCCAGACAGUUUUCUAAUUUAAAUUAUAACCAAUUCAAACUAACACAACCUCCUCAGCCAGUAAAUUCUGCAAGAGCAAAAUUGGGACUUCCCAACCAGAAAAUAAUAACGCACAAACAUAACUCAUACUUUAAAAUGUUAAAGGUUUAACUAGGAAAGUAUUGCAUUUGGAACUAUUUUCAGUUAUAUGUGCUUAAACUGAGUUUUUUUUUCUCAAACUGUUCUUUUAACAUGCUUACCUUUGCCUUCCAUAUUAUCCCCUUUCAGCUGGGAAUGCACACACCCAUCCAUGAACUUCCCCAUAAUUAUAGCUAAUUCCACCAGCGCAUGGCAUGCCUUCUCUACUGAUCUAACACGCCAAUGAUCACAGAACUUUUUCAUAGGGAAGAAUUUGCCUAUGUGAUAUUUGUAGUUUGGAUAGCUUGCAUGAAGGUUUAGAAUAGUAAUAUUAGAGCUGUCAAAGUGUCAGAUAAGGCAAAUGACUAAAAAUGAUGCUGAUUUUUGAGAAGUUUCAUUAAUAGAAAAUAUUUCUCCUGUUCUUUAUUGACAGAAGCAUUAAUGAUGCCUACAUUUGUGCUGAUGAGCUUCAGAAACUUAAUACACAAGCUCUAGAGCUGAUAAACCAAGCAAAAAUCAUUAAAAUUGAUCAUAUGAUCAUAAACGGUACAAAUAUGAAACAUGCCCAGGACAAAGGCAUUAAAAUAUUAAUUCAGUACUAAUAUCUUUAUAUGCCACACUGUACUACCAAUAUAUUGCAUAAAUAACAGCAACAAUGUUCUGUGAUAACUGGAAUGAUAAAAUAGCAUAUCCCUAUCUUUGUAAUUGUGGUAUUUAUUUCAGAGACUUGGUUCUUAUGAAGUUUGACCUCCUUACUGCAGAUUAACCCAUCUAACACAAAACCAAAACCAAAGAUCUUAGCUUCUCACCUGCAUUUUCUUUAAAUUCACUCUUUCACAUCAGUUGGUUUAAUACAACUUCCAAAGGUUUAUGGAUCAGUUCUCACAAUAAUUAUCCACCUUCAUUUUAUCAUUUCCUAUGAUGUUAGUUAAUGAACAAAUGACGGUGUGAGGCUACCUAUAGUACACAACACAAUGGAUGAAUAUAAUUGUGGCAUCUGUAUACUAACUGCCCGUUAUGCCAUUGGCAUUUAGGGCAGCAAUGAAGGUCCUCCAUUUCUGUCUGUCCUUGGCCAUCUUUUGGUCUUGCCAGUGUUCAGGACUUUCUUCAUCAUACCAAUAGCUUCCUCUCAGUUUUCACUGCAGUCAACCUUGCAAGUCCCAGGUGGAGACUCAGGAACACCGUCGCACACAGAUGUAGAAAGAUCCUUCAUUGCUGUUUCUGUAACAAUUGUGUCUGACCAGUCAGGGUUGUUCGACGGGAGAUGAACCCCCAAAACGAGAGCACUGGUGGACCGCACUUUGUCUGGCCUCCACCCUUUGACCCUGUUUGGCAUGAGUGUCCCUACCAAGAGCUCUGACUCCAGCCAACAUAGCUCUCCACAACCCUCCAAACCACAACAAGGUUGUGACCUUCUUAGAAGGGUAUCUGUAUACUUUGUCCGUUACGUGCAUGUGCCUGCCUGUUCCUGUUUCUAAGCUGCAUAUGUUGUUUCAGCAUAUGUUUAACUACUCACCAUAAAAACAAAAGCUGGUGGCAUGGCAGCAAACAAUUAACAAUGACUAAUGUUUAAUGUGCACAGCACCUCCACGUGUGAUAUCAAAUCCCCUGCAUUUCUUCCUGGAGUGCAGCUUUUGGUCUGCAUCUGCCUUUUAUGUAGUGUGUACUGUAGGUAUCUGUGUGAGAAUUUGAAUACAAGAAGUACUUUUUUUUUGUUUGUGGAGUUGACUAGUAAUUGUCUUCCACUUGCAGAUUAUAAUUUUAAAUGGUUACAGAAUAGUGAAGCUAUAUUAUCCAAACUUCAGUUCCUUUUCUAUUUAUUUGCUGCAAAUAAUUCUGUUUUUAGAAAGGAAGUAUGCUUCAACCUUUAGCUUUAGUCCUGAUUUGACUGAUUGCUCUCAGCAAGUACACUGGUUUUAUGGAGGAGAAAUAUUGUCACCUCUUUUCACUGAGAACUAAAUCAAUAGCAGAAUUGCAGGUUUCUUACAGCAGUAUAUGAACAUGUUAUUGUAUGUUGCUUAGGUAGUGGCUCUUGUAUGUUCAUAAGUUAAAUUUUAUGGGGACUUUGCUAUUUUAAUUGUUGACAAAUAACAAAUUUUGCCAAGCAGUUUGGAAGAUUCUGAAUUAGAAGCUGAUAUCUUAAAUGAUUAGUUAAUUUAAUAAUCAGACGUAGUAUGCUUACACUAAAUUUUUGUAAAUGUAGAAAUAUGUAAUUCCUUCAAUAUUGUUGUACACUGUUCAUAAGUAAUGUCCUGUGCUAAAAUGUCUUAAGCACUUGUUGCUAGCCUGCUGAAACUGUACUUUUUCUUGAGUGGCACAUUUAUUAUUUUACUUGUAACAGAUUCUAUUUAAAUGAGAAAUACCAACUGUGCAGCUUUUAAUUUCCAACUGGAUCAUGCCAUUUUUGGAAUAUUGUAUUUCUGUACACACUCCAGCUUUCCAUUUAUUGUAUAUUUCACUUUUGCACAAUUGUAUAAAGCUGAAUAUACUCGGCUUUCUUCCAUUUUUGGCCAGUUUCAAAGCAGUAAUUUAUUUUGUUGCCUUAUAAUGAAUAUCAUGUGUAAAUUUUGUUGAAAUGAAAGCAUUUGAUUGUUAAAUUGUUUUGCACAGUAGUAUAAUUUUUAAAUUCUAUUUAAUUUUUCCAUAGAAUGUAACUACAAUAAACCAUUCUACAUAGCAGUGAAAUGUUUGUGUUUUGAAAAUCCAUGUGAACAACUGUUAAAUUGCUAAACUAACUAGGCUGCAAGAUGAAGUAUUUAGUAACCAUAAAAAAAUUGACAUGUCAGCUCAAGGUAUCAUACUGCUCAGUACCAAAUUGAGACUUUGACUGCUUUGCAUUUACUGACACUCUUAAAUUGUAAUGGUAUCCUUUUCCACAUGUCUGUCUGGAUCAGACAGAGGAAAAUUAACAAAAGUAUGCUUAAAAUGGCAGAGUAUUUUAUUCAUAAGAUUUCCUUCUCCUUAAAGUUUAGCAGCUGGCAUCCCAGGGAGUUAAAUAAUCAGAGAAAUUUACAGCACAGAAUUUGAGUUUUUGGACUGUUGUAUGCAUGCCAACCAGAAAUCUCACUCAUAGCUCUGCAUGUUGUGUUUUUUUCAAAUGCUUUACCAAGUACUGUAUAAAUAUAAGAAUCCACUAUUCCUUCAGGCAGUAGGUUCACUUGUUGAGCAAAAUAACUUUAAAUCUGAUCAAAUUAAUUUAGAUAUAUCCCCAUCAGUUACUGAUCUUUUGGCUAAUGGAAAUGGAUCCUUCUGUUCACCACGUCCAUGCCUCUCAUAAUUUUCAUUUUUCAUCCAUAAAGAAACAAUUCUCCAGCCCUCACAGUGCUAACAAAUUCUUCCUGUACUAUUGCUGGUUCUCUUUUGCUGGGUACAGUACAAUUUCAGCAUUACCUUUCUGAUCUUGUAUUCAGUGCUUUGACUGAUACAGAUAAGUAUCCAUAUCCCAGCUUACCGACAUACCUUGCUUCCUCAAGAUCCCUAUUUUCCAUUACGUUUGGUAUCCAAACAUUUAUCAGAUGUUUCCUUGCAAUGUUUGCCCUCUCUACAGACAUGACUUUGCACUUUUGGGAAUGGAAUUCCACUUGCCACUUUGGUGUCUCUUGCUGCAUGCAGCUCCAGUGACCUUGACAUCACUAUUGUCUGUGCAGAGUUCGCUUAUUUUUCCCCUGGUGUGUUGGUUUCCUAAUACAUUCCAAAUACGUGCUGGUAGGUUAAUUAGCUGCUGUGCCAUACUCCCUUAACAUAAGUUGAUGGUAAAGAUAAUCAAAAGGGAGUUGAUGACCAAUUGUGAGAGAGACUGUUGUAGGGGGUACAAGGAAGUAAUGGGAAUAGGACUCAAACUGAUGGGCCAAAUAGCUUCCUUGUGCAUUGUUGUAUAUCUAAAAAAGGUAAUUGGUUCAUUGUUAUUUUGUGAGAAAGCUGACAAUUUUAUGUUUCAAGAUGAAAGUAUGUUUUCUAAACAAAUUAGGAAACAGAUUCAUAUCAAACUUCAAUGACUUGUUCAACAUUUCAUGUGAUAUUUUCAGUAAUAAUAUUUUAAAUGCAUUUAGACUAUUUCAGACUCGUCCAGUAUUUUGUGUUACUCAGAAAUUCAGAUUCAAGUUGGAUUUCAACAUGAAUGUUAUGUUGAGGAGUUUAUUUUUAUUAAUGUCCCUUAAAAUAAGAAAUGGUUUAAUAGUGCAAAUGUUCAAAAGUUAGAAGUAUUGUUUGGUUAUUUGAACUGAAUUGCAAUACACUAGAUGAUUUGCCACAAGUUAUGCUGGAUACUACAUUGAUUAGUUAGUAAGCCUGAAAAUGCAAGUUAUGACAUUCGUCAUCCUGCAAUAUUGAAUUACCGUUUGGUGUUGUGCAGCUAAUGAAUGAAAACAUCAGUCAUAAUUAGCAACACACAUAAAAAAAAUGCUGCCUGGCCUGCUGCGUUCACCAACAUUUUUUGUGUGUGUUGCUUGAGUUUCCAGCAUCUGCAGAUUUCCUCGUGUUUCAGUCAUAAUUAGCAGGCCAGUAUAGAGCUGACUUGCUGUAUUACACCAAAUGGCGCCUGAUCUAUUAUGCAUUGUACCUGGUUUUGGGGCAAUCAACAUUCAGACCCAAGUCUUAUUGUUUAAUGGUCUGCCAUUGAAAAAACAUUCUGAUAAUUUUAUGGUCUGACUUGAAGUAGCACCAGAAGAGGAAACAAAUUCAGACUUCUCAGGAGAAACUGAUCAAAUAAAUUUACUACAGUUGAUGUAAGUUUUAAAAUAACAACACAAAUUUUUUUAAUGUAUAUGAAUUGUAAAAAGCUUGCUGAGUGCUUUUUUAAGUUUUAAGCAUCUGGUGCUUAUGUUUAUUCAUAACCAAUCACAUUCUGGUUAUGAACAGGAACCAUUUAA